AUGCUGUCUCCUGCUGAUUGUUCUGUUGUGAUCCCCUCAAGUAAAUUUCAUACUCUUGCGGAUUUUAUAAAUUCUGGGAAUUCCAUUUCUGAGUAUAUCUGGAAAGUUGGAGGAUUAUUGGAUGACCAUUCUUUUUUUAUUUGGAAAGUAGGUGUUAUAGAUUCUUUUGUUGAUGCAUGCAUACAUGAUGUAGCUUCGGCAGUCGAGCAAAAUCUAGGCUUUGACCAGUCACUCAAUUUUAUGAAGAAAAAGCUUGAAAUCCAACUUCGAAAACACAUUAGUCACUAUUUGAAAGAAAGAGUUGCCCCUAGUUUGUUGGCCUCUUUAGAUAGAGAAAAGGAGAACUUGCAACAAUUAACAGAUUCAUCAAAGGAACUUGCUUUAGAUCAAGUGAAAAAAGACGGGGCAGUGAAGAAGGUUUUACAUAUGCUUGAAGAAUAUUGUAAUGCACAUGAAACGGCUAGAGCAACAAAGUCAGCAGCUUCUCUCAUGAAAAGACAAGUGAGUGAGUUGAAAGAAGCUCUUCGAAAAACUACCCUUGAGGCAGUUCAGAUGGAAUGGAUGCAUGAUGCUAGUUUGAACCCAUCAUAUAACAGGAGAAUCACAUAUGAGAAGUAUCUUGAUAAUGAUGACAGCUUGUAUCCAAUCAUUUUAAACCUCAUCAGAUCUAAGUUAUUGGAAAAUUUACAAUCUGCUAUUUCAAAAAUCACAUCGUCAUUGGAUAGCCUCCAGUCUUGCGAACAACCUUCUCUUAUAGCUGAAGGACAGCUUGAGAGAGCAAUGGGCUGGGCCUGUGGGGGCCCAAGUUCAAGUAGUUCUGGAAAUACCUCUACUAAAAAUUCCGGAAUUCCUUACGAGUUCCAUGAACAUAUUAAGAAACGGAAGGAGAUUUUAUGGGAAUCUAGAGAAAAAGCAUCAGACAUUGUGAAGUUAUGCAUGUCAGUAUUAAAGUUUGAAGCAUCAAGAGACGGGCAUUUGCUUAUACCAGGGCAACCAUAUCCCUCUAGGAGUGGUGUUGAAGGAAAUACAUGGCAGCAACUGUACUUGAAUUCAUUAACAAGAUUGGAUGUUACUCUCCAUUCUUAUACACGUACUGAACAAGAGUGGAAGCUUGCUCAAUGCACUGUUGAAGCUGCUUCCAAUGAGUUAUAUGCUGCAGCCAACGAACUCGGCAUUGCCUCUCUGAAAGCAAAAUCAGCUUCUGGUGACUUACAAAGCACUGUUCUUUCAAUGAGGGAUUGUGCGUAUGAGGCAAGUGUUGCUUUGUCUGUUUUUGCUCAGGUUUCAAGGAUGCAUACUGCUUUAACUUCUGAGUGUGGUUCUAUGCUUGAAGAGGUUUUAGCAAUAACUGAAGAUGUACACGAUGUUUACAAUCUGGGGAAAGAGGCAGCUUCAAUCCACCUUUCACUCAUGGAAAAUCUUUCAGAGGUGAAUGCCAUCCUUUUUCCACUUGAAUCCGUGUUGUCUAAGGAUGCAGCUGCUAUGGCUGAUGCUAUAGCUAGGGAAAGUGAGACCAAGGAGGAAAUAUCACACAUCCAUGGACAAGAUAUAUAUCAAUCAUACUGUUUAAGGAUCAGGGAUUCUUGUCAGACCUUUAAGCCCUUGGUGCCAUCUCUGACAUCAACUGUGAAGGGACUUUAUUUGUUGUUAACUAGGCUAGCAAGAACAACUAAUCUCCAUGCUGGGAAUCUGCACAAAGCUCUUGAAGGAAUAGGAGAAAGUCAGGAAGUAAAAUCACAGGAUAUUGCUUUGUCCACAUCAGAUGCUGGUGGUGGUGAUGCUGUUGAGUUUGAUGGUAAAGAAGGGGAGAGUCUCUCAAGGUCUGAUGAUGAUAAGACAGAUGAUAUUAUUGGCUUUUCUCGACUUUCUUUGGAAGAAAAAGGAUGGAUAUCACCACCAGAUAGCAGCUUCUGUAGCAGCUCAGGAUCGGACAUUACAUCUGCUGAAGUUAGUCUUUCUGAUUGCUUCAAUGAUUCAGCAGAAAAUACAGAUAUGCUUUCACAGGUGUCUAGUAGCAGAAACCCUACCAGUGAUUUACAUACCACUUCCUUGUCUCAAACUGAUGUUGAAGAAAUCUCACUUUUUGAGGUGCCAAAGUCUUUUCCUCUGGAAGUUGAUCUCAACGAUGCUGAUUCUGUCAAGUUAACUUACGAGGCCACCGAACUUCUCGCUACGCCUUUUCCCAGUCAUAAAUCUGUUGCCAGGUCCGCUGUCUCGCAUAAUCCAUCAACUGAGAACUUAGACAAAUUUGAUGGUAAAGAUGAUCUACUUUCUAUAAAUAAAGCUAAGAAUGGCACAGAACACCUAGAAACUCCCGAUGCUGACAUCAAUACCAGUACUCGAAUAGGAAGGGGCAAAAAUGCUUAUGCCUUGUCAGUAUUGAGGCGGGUUGAGAUGAAAAUUGAUGGUCGAGAUAUUUCUGAACGCAGAGAAAUUAGCAUUGCAGAGCAAGUAGAUUAUCUACUAAAGCAAGCUACUAGUGCAGAUAAUCUUUGCAACAUGUACGAAGGUUGGACACCAUGGAUUUGA